AUGGCUUCCACAGCCAACCAUGUACUAUCCUCCAACUUCUUCGGCUCCCAAGUCUUCCUCUCCCCUCCAACUCCCAAGACUACUACUAAAUUUCUUCCCAAAUCAAUUCUUGGAAAGAAAGAUAACUCAUCACAAUCACUGUCCUUGAAGGAUAUUCCAUCAAAGGCCGCAUUAGCUGCUUUACUGUUUUCCUCAAUCACCCCACAAGCUUUUGCUGUAGAUGCACCACCGAACCCACCUCCAGUAAUUGAAGCUGAAGCCCAACAAAAAUUGAAUCUUCCGGGUUCCUCAUCUCCUUUUGCCCAAAAUCUUUUAUUGACUGCUCCGAAGCCACAGCAGAAUUCUUCUUCUGACCUCCCGGAUGGCUCUCAAUGGAGGUACAGCGAAUUCUUGAAUGCGGUCAAGAAGGGGAAAGUGGAGAGGGUUAGGUUCAGCAAAGACGGGAGUGCCCUUCAGCUUACAGCCGUCGACGGACGGAGAGCCACCGUGAUUGUUCCCAACGACCCGGAUUUAAUUGACAUCCUGGCGAUGAACGGAGUCGAUAUUUCGGUUUCUGAGGGUGAUUCCGGAAAUGGGUUGUUCAAUUUUAUUGGGAAUUUGCUUUUCCCUUUCCUAGCUUUCGCCGGGCUGUUCUUCCUUUUCCGGCGGGCUCAGGGCGGGCCUGGAGGUCCUGGGGGGCUUGGUGGGCCUAUGGAUUUUGGAAGGUCCAAGUCUAAAUUCCAGGAGGUUCCCGAAACCGGUGUGACCUUCGCUGACGUAGCCGGAGCUGAUCAGGCCAAAUUGGAGCUCCAGGAAGUUGUGGAUUUUCUCAAGAACCCGGAUAAGUACACUGCACUGGGUGCAAAGAUCCCAAAAGGGUGUCUUUUGGUUGGUCCUCCGGGUACCGGGAAGACCCUUUUGGCUAGAGCGGUUGCUGGGGAAGCUGGAGUGCCAUUCUUUUCAUGCGCAGCUUCUGAGUUUGUGGAGUUAUUUGUGGGUGUGGGAGCAUCACGAGUCAGGGAUUUGUUUGAGAAGGCUAAGUCUAAGGCACCUUGCAUUGUGUUCAUUGACGAGAUUGAUGCUGUUGGAAGGCAGAGAGGAGCAGGACUGGGAGGUGGGAAUGACGAGAGAGAGCAGACCAUUAAUCAGCUUUUGACAGAAAUGGAUGGUUUUUCAGGAAAUUCAGGUGUUAUUGUCUUAGCAGCAACAAACAGGCCUGAUGUUCUUGAUGCUGCAUUGUUGAGGCCUGGAAGGUUUGAUCGCCAGGUUACAGUUGACCGGCCUGAUGUUGCUGGCAGAGUCAAGAUUCUUCAGGUUCAUUCCAGAGGGAAAGCUCUUGCAAAGGAUGUAGACUUUGAAAAGAUUGCCAGGAGGACACCAGGUUUUACUGGUGCCGAUCUGCAGAAUCUGAUGAAUGAAGCAGCCAUUCUUGCAGCUAGACGGGACCUUAAGGAGAUAAGCAAGGAUGAAAUUUCUGAUGCUUUGGAAAGAAUUAUUGCUGGCCCAGAGAAGAAAAAUGCUGUGGUAUCUGAUGAGAAGAAGAAGCUGGUUGCUUAUCAUGAGGCUGGCCAUGCUCUUGUUGGAGCUCUAAUGCCCGAGUAUGAUCCUGUUGCUAAAAUCUCUAUCAUUCCUCGUGGCCAAGCUGGUGGUCUUACAUUCUUUGCUCCAAGUGAAGAGCGGCUCGAGUCAGGACUAUACAGCAGGAGCUACCUUGAGAACCAAAUGGCUGUUGCUCUUGGAGGAAGGGUUGCCGAAGAGGUCAUUUUUGGUACAGAAAAUGUUACAACAGGCGCAUCAAACGAUUUCAUGCAAGUCUCACGGGUGGCAAGACAGAUGGUUGAAAGAUUUGGUUUUAGCAAAAAGAUUGGGCAGGUUGCCAUUGGUGGCCCUGGUGGCAAUCCAUUCUUAGGACAACAGAUGUCAUCCCAGAAAGAUUACUCCAUGGCGACUGCUGAUGUGGUAGAUGCUGAAGUUAGGGAACUGGUGGACAGGGCAUAUUCCAGGGCCACACAGAUCAUUACAACUCAUAUUGACAUCCUACACAAGCUUGCUCAACUGCUUAUAGAGAAAGAAACAGUUGAUGGUGAGGAGUUCAUGAGCCUAUUUAUCGAUGGCAAGGCGGAAUUGUAUGUUGCAUAA